AUGGACGGCCUGGGCAACCAUGGCAUCCAUGAGCAUCUUGGCCUCAGGGGAGAGACAGAAGAAUAUUACCAACUGCAAAUGGAGCAACAUCAGCACGCCCAGCACUUCCAGGGCCACGCACACAACCACCUUCAUGGUCUGGUGAAUGAUCCUUUCCUGCCCUCCUACCACGACGACACCUGUUUAGACUUGGGCCCAGGACAUACACAUACCCACGGUCCCACCAAGAGUCAUCAACAAACGAUGAAUCAAGCCCAUCACGGUCGCAGCAUGAGCAUGGCUGCUAUAUCAACCAACAAUCUCUCUACGCCUCACACACCAGACAUUAGCGUUUUCGGCCCCUUCGUCUCGAACUAUACCAUUGGCGUGACGCCGGAAAGCAAUAUGACCUUCGAUCAUCACAAUGCAAUGUCUGUGGAUUGGAUGACGGCCUAUCAAGAGCAGCAACAGCAGCAGUUGAUGGGCUAUCAAGAAGAGCAGCUGCAGCAGUCAAGCCCCGCGAUGCCUAGCAACCAUUCUGAUUGUGACGAGUCCGAUUCCUGCGCAAUGCAAUGCCCCGACAGCCGCUGCGAGCAGGGCGUUGCCUGCAACAACAAGGAUUGCGCCGAGUCUCCUUGUCUCUCUAGUUUCUCUGAUUGCGACGACCCUGAGUGCGAGGGAGACGUCUGUAGCGAACCAGACUGUUUAGCGCUGGACGGGCCCUCACUGAAGGCUGCAGAGUCUCUCAUUUCGUUGGAGUCGAGGCCGGCGCAGUCUUCGUCCCAGCCGCCUUCUCAGCCCUUCUCAGGCCAGGGCACUCCCCAUGGACUGCCGGCUCAUUUAACGAUGCAGUCAGUGAACCUCGGCGGCCUUUCAGAGACACCCAACUUCAAUAUGGCGCAUGGGGACUUCUACUGUUCAUCAUCUGCUAGGCACGGUAUUCCAUCCGACGGUCUCCCUAUGCCACACGCCUAUGCUUCUCAAGUCUAUACGAACGGAUCCAUCGACUUGAACGACUUGAACAACAAUAUGGACAACUUGAACCAGUUUAUCAUCCAUGCACUGGAACACCACGUCCCUGGCCCCCAUCCUGAUCGUUGUCUGGGACCUUGCUACGACACGGUCAACGGCUUGGUAUUUGAAAAGUGCCCCCUCCCAAUGGAUUCGCACUUCCACCCAGGACAAAGAGGGUUUUGCACAGAUAACUCCACGCAAGGGGAAUGUAAUGCACCUUUGCAUUCCGAACCUGGGGCUUUCUUGGAUCAUAUCAGGGAGAUGCAUCCCAUGACUAUUGAACAACACAUGAUGGAAGCAGUCUCGCAACAAACAGUUUGGCCAAGCUCCCGGGGUACUCUUCCAGCACAGAAAUCGAUCUCGAGGCGAUCACCUCUUGACAUGUCGUCGCCAACACUGUCGUCGGCUUCCGGGACACCCAUGUCGGCGGAGACUCCAGUCACGCCUGACACAGAUAUUGGACAAGCUUGCACUUGCAAAUGGAAAGUCAGUGAUGACCAGAUCUGUGGUCUUAGGCUUCCCAACGAUGAAGCUCUCCAGAAACAUUGCAAAGAAAUCCACCUGAGCGCAAUGGCCAAGCAGGCAAAGGGGUUCCCCUGUCUUUGGAGCACAUGCCCUCGCGAUACUACGUUCAACCAGAAGUCCAAGCUGGAACGCCAUAUGCAAACGCAUACAGGAUACAAACCUGUCAAGUGUGAAGUCUGUCACGCUGCACUUUCCGCCAAACAGUCGCUGGCACAACACAUGCGUAUACACACAGGAGAGAAGCCGUGGAAGUGCAAUUUCCCGGACUGCACGCAAAGUUUCAAACAGCAGAGUGCACUCACCAUGCACAAAAGAACCCACACUGGCGAAAAGCCACUAUCUUGCGAAAUCUGCGGAAAGAAGUUUGGCGAGUCCAGCAACUUGUCCAAGCACCGCAAGACUCACAACGUUAAAGGUCAGUUUACCUGCGAAGUCUGUGGCAAGGACUUCCAUCGACUGGACCAGAUGCGAAGACAUAUGAGGGUCCACGAAAACAAGGACAAGGAUACGCAACAUGGAAACGGUAGCAUGGGCCGCGUCAUUAGCGGUCGCGUUGAGAAGAACACAAAAUGA